AUGAGCCAGCAAGGCACCCUUACAGCCAGGGCAACCAAUGGCACCUGGCCUGAAAUUCAAAUUACCGCCGUGCCAUUGCCAAGGACCCUGACAGCAGAAGCGCAGGACUGUCGAGCAGACCAUUUUGUCUUCGAUUUCUUAACCCUUCUCCCCUCCCUCAAAGGCGACGGGCGGGUUUCUGUGGCAUCCCGGAAGCGCUGCCGGUGCCGGUGUCGGUCCCGGCGGGGCAGCGGGCGCACAAGCGGUGGCCAGAGGGUCCAGACCCGGCCCCGGCGGAGCAGAGCCUGCAGCUCUGCACGGGGUAGGAGGACCAGGAGCAGCCCUCUUGGCGGGGUGGGUCAAUUUCACCCCUUGUUCACCUGGACCUUUGGGCAACACACCUGGAGGGCGGCGCAAGCCCCUCUCAGCCUCCCAAAGGCUCCCGGUAGCACCGGGCAGCCCCGGGCGCUGGGCACGGCAGCCGGGGGUGGGCAGGUUGCCUCUCGCCUCUGUUUCCCCGGCAGCCGGUCGCGGGCAGGCUGCCUCCCACCUCCGUCCUGCAGCUGUCCCCGCCCGGGCAGGACUACAGCGCCCGUCGGUCCCUGCGCGCCGCCCCCACACUCCCGCCUCCCGCCGCUAUCGCCUGCCUCCUGCCAGCCGGGAGCCGGACCCGGCUCACCGAGAGGGGCUGCGGCCGCCGAGCAAGGCAGGGCAGGGCAGGGCGGCGGUGCUGCGGGCCGUGGCCGCCCUCGGGGGCGGUGGCGGGGUGGAGCCGGGCAGCCCCGGCCCCGUCCGUGCGGGGGAGCGGCUCCCGCAGCCUCGCUGCCCCCGCAGCCUCGCUGCCCCGUCCCGUCCGCUCCCGCCGCCGCGGCUCAUGAGGUGAAGAUGGUGAUCCGCGUCUUCGUCGCCUCCUCCUCGGGCUCGGUGGCGAUAAAGAAGAGGCAACAGGACGUGGUGAGGUUUCUGGAAGCCAAUCGCAUAGAGUUUGAAGAAGUGGAUAUCACCAUGUCAGAGGAGAAAAGACAAUGGAUGUAUAAAAACAUUCCUGAGGACAGGCAGCCUGCGCAGGGCAAUCCACUGCCACCACAGAUAUUCAGCGAUGACCGGUACUGUGGAGAUUACGAUGGCUUUUUUGAAUCAAAGGAGAGCAACACUGUAUUCUCCUUUCUUGGACUGAAACCUACUUUGGCAUCAAAGGCAUCAGAACCCUAGAAAGCCCAUGUGAAGUGUCAACAAGCACAUUUCUGAAUGGAUGACCCUGUUCUUCAGCACAUAACAGCUUCCCUAAUGGAUCACUGUGAUAGAGCAAACAUGCAUCUUUAGUAGUAGUCUGCUUGCCAUGAGAUGGUGCUCUCCAAUAGCAUGGAGAUAAUGACACACAUACAAAACAGACCGGGCUACUCAUCUUCCUUUUUAAUAAUACUCACUGUUGAUGUUUCACUUUUGUCUUUGGAUUGCUCUUGCAACUGGCCCUGAUAUUCUAACAGACACGUAUGUUUGAGAGUAAGGAGUGGAAGUGUAGGGCUUGUGUCAUCCAUGGAUAUACUUAUGUAGUCAGAUUUCUUACUGUUUUUAAUUCUUCCCAAAUUAGCUCAUCAUGAUAGUUAAAGGUGCUGGUGGUUAUUAGGCUGUCUGUGUUGGCUAUGACCCAGAGGAUAAAAAUCAUGAAUCGUGAGAUCUCAGUCUAAGCAAAUAGCUGCUGUAUUUUUGCUCUACAUUUAUUUAUUGUGAUGUUUAUUCCAGAUCAUGGUUAUUUUAAGAGACAUGGGCUACUAAUAUAAUUAAUGAAAACUUGAUUUAUCUAAUGAUGCGCAUUGCAACUGACUGUUUAAAAUCAGUUCCUUUCAUGAGGGAGGUGCCAAAGUGAAAUAUUUUGACAUUUCCUCUUCCAAAAGCAGGUGAAAUGUGCAGGAAAACACUUGCUGGAAACACUGGGGAGUUCAGAAGAACUAAAGGGGUCUCAUAGCUAAUGAUAAUGUGAAGUUAUCUCUUAACUGAGAAAGUCUUAACACCCACAGUUGGAGCUUUGUAGUUGGACUGUCUUGAAAUUUUGCCAAAACCUUCAGUUUACCUCUGAUAACACACAGCUCCACCACAAGCCACAUGAGAGUCAGGGGGAUACUUUGAGAGUCAGGGCUCAGUCUCAUGGGUGGUUAACCCUCUACCAUGGUCCAAGAGCACGCCUAACUUGCCUAGCUGUUUUCCUGGUUAUAUCCCCAGAUGUGGUCAUGUGGUGGUGCCUCAAAGACAGUGAAAAAACUGGGUGUGUGCUUUGCUGAAUGAAACCACAAUGGCAGCUCAGCUGAGGAACAGGAGACAAGUAAUGGAAGUGGAAAGCAUUCCAAGGAGACUGCACUGAUGCGAAUAGCAGAACUCAGGCCCAUGGCUUGCCAACAAACAUUACAAAAUACAUUCUAGAGAGAAGUCAAAUUGCAUUAUGCAUCUUGAAUCAAGUUGGGCUUUGUAUCUUUUACUCAAGUGGUUUCAUAAUGACAGGGUAGUGCCAUCACAGUCUUUGGGUAAUGAAAGACAACCGUUAUGUGGAAAAGCAUCUUUGCAAUCACAUGUUCUGUUAACAUCAGUAAACAUGGCACACAAGACAUGUUAGUUGGAAGGGACAAAAGUUGGAGGUCAUCUGGCCCAGCACUGUCAAAAUCAGGGCGAACGAUAGUGCUGGCUUGGAACAGAUAUAGGUUUGUGUAGCAGAACGUUAAAAAUAUCCAAGGAUGAAGAUCUCGUAACUCUCUAGGUAACCUGUACCAUUUCUACAGUGCUUUCCUAGUGAAAACUUUAUAAGAAAGUCUAGUUUUGACUCCUAGGGUGUAAUUUGUGGCUGUGGCCUUUGCUGAGUUUUCUGGCACUCACAGAAAGAGAUUGGCACCAUUCUUCUUGCCCUCAAGAUAGUUGUCGUCUACCAUUAGAUCACCUCUUAGCCUUCUUUGUACCUGACUGAACAAACCUAGGGCUAGAUGGAGCAAGAGCACACUCAGAUUUGAAGUCUGUGGUUGUAUUUACUGGUCAAAAUCUUAGCCAUGGCACCUUCUCUACAGGAAUCCCGAAUGUGCGUUUUUAAGAAUUGUUGUCUGUGUUAUGAUACUGUGACAUUCCUGUAACCAGUCCCAUAUUUUCACAAGACUUGAACCUCACUAUAAGAAGGGAAUAUGACGUGAAGUAGAGCUGUACAUUGUUAACUUCACCAAGUUAACAGGUGAAGGAACUAUUCUUAAAAGGAAGUUAAAUAUUUAACUUUGUAAAUGAAUACAGAUUUAAACUUACAUAAUUGCGCAGUUGAUUACAGAGAAGCCAUCCUGGAUUUAUCAUGUACUUGAUGCGUUGUAAACUUUUAGAACUACCUGAAGUCCCAGAUUUGAAAGAUUUACCUAAGUGUGUAAAUAUAUACACAUGAGUAAUCCUGGGCAAAAUCCCAGGCUUACUGAUGUGAAAGGCAAAACCACGCUGGUUCCUCCAGGGAUGAAAUUAGUUUUACAAAACUCCUCUUGAAUUUAGAUAAAUGUAGAAUAGAAGGCUCUCCUUUAGUGGAGAGUUAGUCUUGUUACAACUAACUUAUUUCAGAGCACAUCUGUGGGCAUAAUCUGUGUGGAGGACAACACUAGCUCUGAAGAUAUUCUGUUUGCUUGUGUGGAUUGGCAGUGUAAGUCCCUUAGAAUAUGUGCUUUUGAAUUAUAAGUGGCUAGCUUAAAAAAAAGAAAGAAAUAUAUAUAUAUAAGGAUAUUAUUUGAAUGUGAAUUUGGUCUGUUGUGCGACAGCCUUAUUUUUGUAAUUAAACUAAGUAGAGUUCUAGUUUGUUACACAAGAUGAUCUGGAAUUUUUUAAAACAGUUUUGUAAUAAUGAAAUGUAGCUAUCAGGUAACUGAAAAGGUCUGGGGAAACUAGAGAUAGUUAUUGAAAGAAAUAGCAAAUUCUUAAUUUAUCUUCAAAAUUUUUGCAUAUAGGGGUAUGCUUGAGAACCAAAAGGUCCAAAUUUCUAGCUAAUACUUCUAACUACUCCACUUUUUAAAAGGGAGAGCAGUGUGAAUUAAACUGUAGAUCUUUGUACCUAGCUGAAGCUGCUGUGUGGGCUGACGUGCACAUGCACGUUCACUGUAUCAGUGGCUUUGAUAGAGGUGGUUUUGUUUGUGCCACACACUACUGGAUAGUGCCUUGCCAGAAAGAGGACUGUUUCUGUAGGGUCUUCUUAGAUAUGCUUAAACUUUGAACUGAGAAAGGGGUAGUUUCUAUAUUGCCAUUUUUUUAAUAAUACAGUAAAUUGAUUUCGAGGCCUGAGUCAAAAGGCACAUGCUUUGCAAGACUGAAACAGGUUUUGAUGAGUCUUCUGAUCUUCUGAUUUUUCUUAGGUGACUUUCUUUUUUUUUCUUUUUCCUAUUUGUUGACUGUCUAGAGUCAAACUUUCCAAGGGAAGUGGACCCGCAGUAAAGCCCAUAAAUCCAUGUUUACACUUAUUUUACAAUAAGUCUCUGAUUCAAGCGUUGAGCAGCGCAAGUGCUGUGACUGAAGUGAAGAGUAGCUGCCAAGCUCUCAGUGCAUUUCCUGGUUGUCCCUCCCUGCCCUUUUCCCCUGUCAGGCCAUUAUUUGGGGCAAUACCAUGGUUCAGAUGUGGGACCCUGAAAUUUUAGGCAGUGCCUUGUGGCACUUCACAUGAGGGCAAAAAUGGGGUGAUCACCAGGAAAGUGCCAAAUCCCAUUAGUCUUUAGUGACUUACUGAUUACACCAGAUCUUGGCACAAACAGUUGCAGGAGGAUGGAGCCCUGUGUGUUCACCCUGCACAGAGAGCAGGAGUGGCAGACACGGUGCAGAAUGGCCCACGGCUUGUGACGGCACCCUGACCAGGGGUUCUCACAGGGGCCUUUGGCUGGCAGUGCCACGUGUGAAACCACAUAGCACCGCUUUCCACAGGGCUCCCGCUGCAGCAUGGCCUGUCCUUCACCCUCCUGCUCUCUAAGGAAUUUGGGACGGAAAACGGAGAAAAGUUUCUUGAGAGCAGUCCUCCAGCCAGGGCAGAUCCAGCUUACUCCCCUUUCCCUACUCUUCACCUCUUCCUAACGUGCGUCAUCCUGUCCUGUGUAGACCUACAUGUGUGCAAAGCUUCCACUCCCAGCCAUCUGUAACAUCCCUGUGAGGCACAAAUGCAGAGCUGGUGUUCACCUUCACGGCGUCAGUGUUCUGUAACUCGGUAGGGGAGGGAGCACGUUGCAUCCUAGGCCAUGUACACAUGAUGUAUUAAACCAUGUUCAUCUAAUAAAAAGUUGUAAUUCAAAAAAGA